AUGAAUCGCCAUGAAGGAGUCAGCUGUGAUUCUUGUUUAAAAAAUAACUUUAGAGGACGACGAUACAAAUGUUUGAUUUGCAUCGAUUUCGACUUGUGUGCUGCCUGUUAUGAAUGUGGCGCUACCACGAAUCAACAUACAACAGAGCAUCCAAUGCAGUGUAUACUUUCUAGGAGUGAUUUUGAUCUAUAUUACGGAGGAGAAGCCUUGGCAUUGGAACAACCUCAAGCAUACACAUGUCCAUUUUGCAAUAGAAUGGGUUUCACAGAUACAGGACUAAUGGAACAUGUCACAGCUGAUCAUGCUGAUACGACUCUCGCUGUGGUGUGUCCUGUGUGUGCAUCAAUGCCUGGUGGAGAGCCGAAUUUUGUGACAGAUGACUUUGCCGGUCACCUUACCCUCGAGCAUCGAAGUGGACCUAGGGAUCUCAUAUCUUUUUUGGAUGAGCCAAGUGGCAUCAGACAUGGCGGUGUUCGACGCGUGCCGACGUCGGGACGUGGUGUCACUCGUCCACGACGCACGAACAUGCAGUUCAGUAGCAGUGGUAUAUCGUCUCUCUCGCCGUCGUCGCGCGAUGCCGUUGUGGACCCUAUUGCUGAGCUGCUCUCUCAACUGUCCGGCGUGAGGCGUGGCGCCGGCCAGACUAGCACUCCUAACCAAUUGCAGCAGUUGCAAAUGCAGCUGCAAUUAGAAAGGCAGCAGCAUGCCGCCCGACAGCAGCUAGAGCGCCUUCCACGGCGGCCGACUGUGGCAUCUUCAAGCGUGAAUAACUCUGCUCCGCCAGCGGCUGUGGUCACGGCAGCGCAGCCGCAACCCGCUGACAACGCAGACUCCCAGUUCUUGCUUGCCGGUUUUCUAGGCGCAGAAGAGGGCUCGUCCAGCGGUGAAGCAGAAUGCCGCGCGGCGUUACUCCGCGGACUAUUACUUGCGUCGCUGGGUCGCGUGCCGCCCCCGACACCCGCACCCCAACCGCCUCGUCCCGCCCUCUCCGCUCCGCCCCCUAACCCGGCGCCGGCACCCGCCCCCGCUCCUCCACAGGAACAGCCGCGUGCUCAACCACUGCCCCGGGCUAAACCUCAACCACGCACAAAGGAGGCAGCGGCGCGCGCGCACGGUGCUGCUCGACAGAUGCCUGAAGGCAGUGACGACUUAGAAGGCAUCGUUGGGAGUGGGUUUAGGGCUGGCAAUCGGCGAGUAGGUCGACCCGGUCGCCCGGCGGACCUCUGCCGGCUCGACAACGCCGCUGGGCGACACGAGUCCAUUGUAAAUAGGAAGUCGCUAGGAGUCACGGGUCUGACCGGUGACGCAUCUACCGGAUUCUUGUUGUUUUUUGCUAACACUUAUUAG